AUGGCCAGCUCCGUCAUUUUGGGGAUAUUGAAUGGCCGGUGGUUAUCCCUCUCUUUCCUUUUUAGAAGUGACGGUAGUCUACAGAAGUGGUAUGCUGCUGCAACAGUGGAAAGAAUAGGAACGUUCGAUGGCAUCAAUGGACCUCAUCAAACUGUCCAAGACUUAAUGGAUGGUGUUGCAAUGGCCGAGUGCUUGUCUAAAAUAGCUUCUGCUGUAUUUAGUGGAGAAUGGCUUAGUAGAAUCAAGCGUGAUGCUAACCAUUGGCGGUUAAAGACAUUAAAACAAGACUUAAGCAAUCUGUCCUUGCCAAAUGUAGAAAAAAUUGCUAUUAAUUGUGAUGAAGAAGAAUUAGGUAAAAUGUUACAGCUCAUUCUUGGUUGCGCGUUCUUCUGUAAUAAUCGAGAAGGUUAUAUUAAAGUUAUUAUGGAGUUGGAGCAGUCCGUACAAGAGGUUAUUAUGACAGCAAUUCAAGAGCUAAUGACUCCCACAUCUCAAAAUGAUCAAUCAAUAGAAGAGGAAAGGGUAGAAAGAUUGGAGCAAGAAAUACAUGACCUAGCAGUCGACAAGAAAGAGUUAACAAAUAAAUGCCGUGAUCUUGAAAAUCAAGUUGCUAAUCUGCAGGAGGAGCUAACAUCUAAUAAGGAGUUGUUAGAUCGUUAUAACAAUGUCGAAAGUAUUAUAAAUGACCCUACAACAGAUAUUGGUUUUAAAUUCCAGAAUCUUCAUAAUAAAAUUGAGCUUUUGCAGAAGCAAAAUUUGUCACUGGAAUCUGAAAGAGACGAAAUAACUACGCGUGAAGAACGUCAAGAAAAGAUACUUAUCGAGCUUAGACAAGAAAGAUUACUAUUAAGUAAGAGAGCAGAAGAAGCACAAGAAUUAAGAGAUAAAGUUGACGAGUUAUCUCACACAGCAGAUAAAUUGGCACAAAGCGAAGCUCAAUUAACCAAUUACAAGAAGAAGUUAGAUGAUGCUGCUGGUCAGCGUGAUCAAAUAAAAAAAUUGGAAGAUAGAAUAGCUGGAUUUGUUAGGGAUAAUGCGGAGUUAAAGGCAAAACUGGAACAACAAAAUUCACAAACGAAAUUUCAUAAUGAAUAUUACAGUGAAAAGAUCAGCCAAUUGAAGAAGGACAUAGAAGAAUGUAAAAAGAUUGAAGAAGAAGCUAAAGUAGACUUAUAUGGCAGUAGAGAGAAAUGCAAUAAAUUGGAAUUUGAAAACAAAAAAUUAAUUGAUGAAAUGAAAAGUUUACGCGAGAUAAAUGCUCAUUUAUCAGCGAGAAAAAUAUCGGGCGUUGUAUCGCUAGACGAUGCACUAGGGCAAGCACUGGCAGAUAAUGAUAGCGAUGCAAGGGAAAAGAUGAUCCAAUUGCAAACAGAAAAUGAGAGUCUAAGAAAGCGGGCGGAGGAAGCAGAGAAGAAAUUAUUUAUUAGAGAGAAUGAACAUCUUAUAGAGAAGCAUAAUACACAAAUAGUGCAACAGAAAGAAGAUGAUAAGGAUAAAAUUGAACUGAAGCAAGCUAUUGAAAAUAUGCAAUCCAAAGUGGAUGAACAGAGCAGUCUUCUUAUGAAACGAGAAAGGGAAAUUCAAGUUCAGCAAGAGAAUGGCAACAAAAAUGCUGACAUUAUUAAAAGCAUGCAGACUGAACUGGCUUCCCGAGACGCUGAUAUUGGUAGACUGAAAGACCAGCUUACGAAUAACGAAAACGAUAUGAUCCGUUUGGAAGAUAAAUAUAAAAAAUUUCUGGAUAAAGCUAAACAGCUACAAGCGCUUCAAAGUCAAAUACAAGAAAAAGAGUAUCGAGUCAGAGAUUUGGAGCGCCAAAUCGAAAACUUGAAAACUAUUCAUGAGCGUGAAAUGAAAUUGGUUACAACUGCUUGGUAUGAGUUGGGUCUUGAAGUACAUAAAAAAACGAUGAAUGAUAGAUUAGCUUCUAGUGGAGGUGAUUCAUUUUUAGCUAGACAGAGGCAAGGUUUUAAGAGGCAUUAG